GCCCUUUUGUUAAGAUUUUCAGUUCCCAGAAACCUUUUUAAAAAGACAGUUGGCACCUCAGCUUCAAAAUGCAAUUAGUAACCUUGUUCGCAUUCAUAAUUCUGAUUGGUCUGGCUUUGGGCCAAAAGGAUCCUGUUUGCGUUGAAGAACCCACUGUCGAUGGCCUAUGUCCGGAUAUAUAUUCCGGAUACACUUAUGCCUCUGCCAGGAAUAUAUGUACGAGAUUUCGGGCCAGGGCUUGUAUUAUAAGUGGAAACUUUUUCCGAACUAGAGAUGGAUGUGAGGCCAAAUGCAAGGUAUCUACAGGAUCGGAGAAUGGAUUCAUGUCGUUUUGGAGUCGCAGCAUGUCGGGAUUUCAGGACUUGAUGAAUAGUUUUUCCAACUUUGCUUCAAAAUGAUAUAUCUUAUACAUCAGAUUAUACAGAAAUUGAAUAAAUGGAGCUACUUUUUAUUUAA